AUGAGUUCCAGUCCUUUGACAAAACUGCAGAUGCAAGGUCUUCUGGCCAGGCAUCUGUGCAUCCAUAUUGUUGGAGCAUUCAUUGUCUCCCUGGGAGUUGCAGCUCUCUAUAACUUUGGUGUGGCUGAACCAAGAAAGAAUGCAUAUACAGAUUUCUACAGAAAUUAUGAUUCCAUGAAAGAUUUUGAAGAAAUGAGGAAGGCUGGUAUCUUUCAGAGUGCAAAGUGAUAUAGGAAUAAAAA